CCUCAGCCUCCCAAGGGCUGGGAUUACAGACAAGUGCCACCACAGCCAGCUCAAACCGGAUUUUUAGUUUUGCUUUAUCUUGCCUGUUUUCACAACUCCAUAGUUAUGACGGUAGCUGAUAGACUUUUUCUUCUUCUUCUUCUUUUUUUUUUUUUUUUGCAGCUCCGUUUGAAACUUGCCCAUUAUCAUCCACGGCCCGGAAUGAGUCUUUCCAAUGAGCCCCGCACGGUGAACCGAACUUGAGAAGAUUCAGGCCUGAGGAGCGCACCAACCGUUUUUUACAAGGCUGAGCUUGAAGAGAGAACGAUGGUGUACAGUAGUGUUCCAGCUGUGACCACAAACACAACUCUACACAAUUACAUGCACAUUUUUUUCCUUUUCCUUUUUUUCUUUUUUUUUUAAGGUUGCUUACACAAGUGGUUAUUUGUUAUGGUGUCGACACAGGAAAAAGCAAAACGCGCUGGUAACCGAAUCAGAUCGGCCCUGGCCUGCGUGCUUUGGUUCCUUGGAUGGGCUUUUCACUUCCUCCCAAGUGUGUGGUCCCGCCCUAUCAUCUGGGAAUGUCACACACAUACACACACACCCCACACACAGAGCACUUUGGUGCUCUGCAAGCUGUUCUUGGUUCUUCCCAUCUCACGGGAUCAGGUCCUCUAACCUCUCCGUGGUGUGGUGCCAGCCGGGGCCGGAGGGCGCGCCAGUCCUCCACGCCGCGCGCCAUGGGCAACGCCUCCAAUGACUCCGGGGGCUGCGAGCAGCGACAGUGGCUCCCCGCGGGCGAGAGCCCGGCCAUCAGCGCGGCGAUGUUCUCGGCGGGGGUGCUGGGGAACCUCCUGGCGCUGGGGCUGCUGGCCCGCCGCUGCCGAGGGGACGCGGGGCGCGGCGCGGGCGGCCGCGGCGCCCUGUCCCUGUUCCACGUGCUGGUGACCGAGCUGGUGUUCACCGACCUGCUGGGGACCUGCCUCAUCAGCCCGGUGGUGCUGGCCUCGUACGCGCGGAACCAGACGCUGGUGGCCCUGGAGCCCGACAGCCGCGUGUGCACCUACUUCGCCUUCGCCAUGACCUUCUUCAGCCUGGCCACGAUGCUCAUGCUCUUCGCCAUGGCCCUGGAGCGCUACCUCGCCCUCGGGCACCCCUACUUCUACCAGCGCCGCUUCUCGCGCCGCGGGGGCCUGGCCGUGCUCCCCGCCAUCUACGCCGCGUCGCUGCUGCUCUGCUGCCCGCCGCUGCUCGGCUACGGCCAGUACGUGCAGUACUGCCCCGGGACCUGGUGCUUCGUGCGCCACGGGCGCUCGGCUUACCUGCAGCUCUACGCCACCGUCCUGCUGCUGCUCAUCGUGGCGGUGCUCGCCUGCAACUUCAGCGUCAUCCUCAACCUCGUCCGCAUGCACCGCCGGGGCAGAAGGAGCCGCUGCGGACCCUCGUCCUUCAGCGGCGGCCCGGGGCCCCGCAGGAGAGCGGAGCGGCUGUCCGUGGCGGAGGAGGCGGACCACCUCAUCCUGCUGGCCAUCAUGACCAUCACCUUCGCCGUCUGCUCCCUGCCCUUCGCGUCCUGGCACGUGGGCGUCCCUAAGCUAGUGUUUCUCAGAUGGUACUGCCGUACCCCAAAAGGAAGCCUUGGCCCCUCGCGAUGCCCGCCCAGCCCCCCGUGCUAGAGUCGCGAGCCCCUGGACUCCGGUCCUUUCCACUCCAGGCUAGCUUGUCCAGGUAACGCAGGAGGAGGCGACCCGUGCCACCUUGGGGUGUGGGAUGUUUGUCAUCGUUACAAGGCGGCCACCCUGAGCCAGUUUGCUGCUGUACCUCCCAGCCACCGGGACUGGUUCUCCGUGCUCUGCCUUCUGCUUGUCAGGAACAAAAAAAAUGUUGUUCCCAACCCAUGGCAUUCCAGCUGCCGUUGAAAAUGCACCCAAAUGCGGAGGCUCCUUGUGGCAGAAGUUCAGAGCGAUCAUUAUUUGUGUCUAAAGUUCAAGCAUCUCGUUUACAGUUUCCCGAUUUACAUAUUUGAGUGUAGCUAUUUGUGGUCGUGGAAAUUCAUGAAGAGGAGGCAAAGACAGUUCCACAGAGGAACCCCCUUCUGCUUCUGCAAGCCCUCCAUAGGAAGCAUUUGUAACCUCUUAAACAUCUUUGGAUGUCAGGGUCAGGAAUACACACAGGUGCUUUGCCUUUUAUGGUUGUACACUUCAUGAGCCCAUAGCUCCACAAAGAACAGCUGGUCCAUGUCAGGGAAGGGAGACCUGAAGGGCAUCGGGUGCUGGCCCCCGUGGGCAACCUGCUGGGGCAGUUCUCGCAUGCUAAGUUCAAGCUUCCUAAAGGCUUAGCACAACCUGUGCUGCUCUGACCUCUAACAGAGCUAGAAACCGGAAGUUUGUAAAGAAAGAUAAGAUGCCUGGCCUUUGCAGGUCCUACUUGCAGAAGCUGGGGAAAUAACUCUACCCUGGCCCCCUGACUGAUGCCUUCUAGUUACCCUCAUCUGCUUAUUCUCAAGUGGCAAAGGAACAUGGUCCUGAAAGUCCAGAUGUAAUCCCUGCCCGAAGCUGUGUUCUCUUUGCCUGAGUCCUCACAUUUCUGUCCCACCUUUUAUCAGGGCAGAAGCUGGUCUGAAUCCGCAGGCUACGCUUAGUGGGGAAUGAGAGGGAGUUUGUCAAAGGCGUCCUCUUUACUAAUGAACUAAGGUCCUGUGAGAGGUGACACCUCCCGUUCCACCCUGAGCAGUGGAGUUUGUGGUAGAGAAACAUUGUGAUGUAGAAACCAGGGGCUUCUGUGCUUUUUGUUUCACAGUAGGAACUUUUAAUUAUGUCAGGGGCUAAGUCAGCUUUUGGGGUUGGGACUAGGAUGGAGAACAUUACGAAAGAAAGCAUUUCAAGUUCCCUUAAACAACAGAAUGCAACUUGAAGGACAUAAACAUGUCCAAAUAGGGGAGUGCCUGUCAGGCUGGUGGGAGCUAGCAUGUCAGCUCUUGGAGUUUUCUCUGCCAUUUAUGAAGGUGCAUGAAAACAUCCCCCCACCUCCAGCAACAUAAAUGGCCUGAAAAUGGGUUCCAGGGGGACCACACUUCUGUAAAAAGGAUUGUUACUCCCCUUCUUAUGCCAUUUAGAGGAGGCAAGCAGGAAGAAAAGGGUCUCCCCAUGACUGGCCCACUCAGAAACCAAAAGCAGGAACUUUCAACAGGUUCCCACAGUUUCAUGUAAACACUGCCUUUAUCAUGAGAACUCCAUCAAUGCUAUAUGUUGGUUUUUAAAUAUAUAUAUUUGAUACAUUAGGCCCUCAUUACUCUUAGGCCUGGGGUAGCUCCAGAGUUGCACAAAAAAAAGGGCCUAGAGCCAGAAGUCUGGGUACAAAAGGGAUAAGGGGAGGAGAAGGUUUGCUUUGAAGCUUUUUUUUUUUUUUUUACUUAGAUUGCCUGUUUAUGGUGUGGGGGGCUAAAUGAAGUUUAUAAGGUUUAGCGCCGUAAAACUACCCUUUAAAACUGACACUACCUGCAAAACGCUUCUGGUGUUUGCUUCUGCAUGUAUUCAUUGCAAAGAUUCCCAGAGAGCAAGAGAAAAAUCUUCAUAUGAAGGGUCAGGAAGCCAGCCACGCUGACUUCGUGUCCUGUGACUAUCGUGACAUCACAGCCAGAUGAACUAUAGAUAAUCCAGUAGGCACAAAAGAGAAAGUUGAAACCGUUUCUUAAUAAGGAAAUCUGCACUGGCCAUUGACUGAUUUUGUUUUGUCAAUAGAUCACUGGUAAUGAUUAUUACUAUCUUUCUCUUGCAUAACCCUUUACACUUUAGGAAGGACUGCAGUACAGUUUAUUUCUUGAGGUCUAAUUCAACCAUUCAAAAUUUAUGACUGCUGUUUAGUUUAUACAUUCUUCUAUUUUAGAAUGCUUGGCAUUUGCUCCAAAGGGUGUUUUUACCCCCUAUAAGUCCUUCUGUUUUACUUGACCCACAUGGUUAGAAAUGGUCUACACCAGUCUCCCGCCCAAGGUAGGAAUCACUUGCAUACCUCCUCACCCGAGGCACUGUAAGACAGUCAGGGGCUUAUGACUGACUUUCCAAAUUCUCCUGCUGCUCCAAACACGGUGCACAGUCCAACAGAAAUACAAUAUGAGCUGCCUAUGAAAUUUUAAAUUUUUCUCAAAGCCACAUAACAAAAAGUAAAAAAAAAGUUGAAACUAAAUACAUAUUUUAGUUAACCCAACUUUAAAAAAUCAAUUCAAAUAAGUUAUCCUUGUAAAACUACUUGAGAUAUUCUAGCUAAUGUUCUUCCGUGUACCCCAGAAAAUACAGAAAACUGUAGUACCCCAUGUCUGCCAUUCUUUCCUCAGAAUAACAGGCACUGCUUUCUGUGUCCAUCAAAAGUAGACCAAACCACUGACCAGCAAGGGGAGUGCACACAUUUGUACCCAGUGGGACCCUGGUCUAUUCCACAGCAUCCUCGCAUUGGAAGAGACUGGGUGAUUUAGGGAACCUAGAACUACUAAUCUCAGCCAUUGCCCUAGGGUUUGGGCAGAGUGGAAUUACAGCUCCCACUAGAGCCUGCAAAGUUUGGGAAGUAAAACUCUCAAAAUGGAAAAAAAAAAAAUGUCCUGAAAUGAAGUCAUAUAACCUCAUGUAUCAUUUUAUCAAAAGACGUAAGAUUUUGAACGCUAAUUUCAUAGUAACUUGUUAUCUUCACAGCAACCUACAAAAUAAAUAAUAUGAUUCCUGUCAUACAGAUGAGACAAAAUAACUUUCCCUAGGUCCCGCAGCUAGUGAGGGCUGGAUCUGGGAUCCAAAGCCUCGCAGUGGAAGCACUGAGACUAUGCACUAAUUACAAUGCUUUAAAGAAAGGUACUCAUUUCAGGGGUAACAUAUGAGAAGAUGAAUCUAGAGUUUCAUAAGAGAAUUAUGAAGACAUUAUAAAUAUUUGGGGGGCUAGGGGUGCAGCUCGAUGAUAGAGAGCUUGCCUAGUAUGCACAAAGCCCCUAUCACUGCACUAAAUAAAUAAAUUAUUUUGCAUUGUAAUUCCAACUUGUUAACUUUACAACUAAAAUGGCAAGGACCUUUUACUCCCAGUCCGCUCAAGGCAGCUAAGCUGGGUCAAAGUGUGGAGUUUCCUUUUCAUUCUCCAUAGACCUAUAAAAUAAAAGUCUGACAUUGCGAUUUUAAGAGAUUGGCUAAUGUAAACGAUGAUCUAAAUUAAGAAACAAUCAGAUUAUCCCUCACAUAAAAUCUUCCGUUGGUACACAUAAAACAUUUCUUUAGUGAUAAAAAAAAAAGCAUGUAGUAUUUAGAAAACGACAUUAUUUUGGCUGUCCAAUAAGAAAUCAUGCAUGAAACCAACAACAUAUUCCAAACUGUUUAUCCAUUAAAGGAGUUUUGUGUAAAUUAAUAAAUUCCUCCUUGUGCUAAUCAGCUGUUGUCAACAUUUCCCAAUGACAAACAGAAACCUUUUUCUUCCUGAAACAGAACAGCACAGGAAACAUGAGACCUCCGUUCCUGUCUCAAAUACUGUUUGUUUCUUAAUUUCCAACCCGUAUCAAACCGUCCUCUCACCACUUUGCUAAUUGUGAUAGUUUCUGGUCAUUGUAAAUGGUUUCUCACAUGCCAUUAGGAUAAAGUGCUCAGGCCUGUUGCUCAGUUCUAAAAUUUCAACAAGAAAGCGUUGACUCAUUCUAAAAAUGUACUCAUCUUUACAAAUUCUUUAGGGUUAUAAUUUCUAGGUAAAUCUGAUUAGUGGAAAUCUGAUCUUUGCAAUACAGAAUAAAUGCAAGGAAACAAUACCAGAGUCUUCAGUUCAUGCCAGGUAUUUAUGUAAAAUGUAAUACGAAGGCAAGUUGAAAGCUGACCCGAAGUUGGCUGAUUACAUACAUGCAGAAUACAACAAUUCAGAUAGGGAUGAAAAGAAUUCAGAAAUUUCUGUGCAUAGCUACUAGGAACUUUGCCUGGUGAUAUUUUAAAUGGAUGCCCUCGAACAGCUAACUAGGGGGUCCUUUAUCAUUCAGGCAUCAUUAAAGAUGUGCGUAGCGAUUGUUGAGACAGUUGUGAAUACACAUUACCUUUUAAGAGAAAGUUUCUCUAUAUACUUAUUUUCUUUUUUUUUUUUUUUGGUUUUUCU